AUGUUGUGUCGUGCACAAGCAGCUUGGCGUACUUCGACUCAAGUCGUUUCGAAAUGCAAUUUCCACAGCUCUGCAGCCCAAUUCGCAAAGAAGCAUCCAAAGCAGAUCAAGAAGGAAAACCUUGCCAAGCGUGCUGCCAAAGCUGCCGAAUUUGAACGCUCCAAACCAUCACCCAUUGUAUCGCAACACACCUCCUUUUUCGAAACGCUCCACACACCUGCUAGCGCCUACGCCUCGUCUCAAGAUACACAACACUUUUUAACCAAGGCCGACCGUGAUUUUUUGUUUGAGCAAACACCUCGAGACACAGUGGAAGCCAGCAAUUUGGGAGCUGUGGAAGGCGUUGAUGAAGCAUUGAAGCAUGAACAAGGCAAAGUGGAUAUCAUGAAAAAGUUGGUGGGUCUCCAGAAUGGCAAUGCAAAGGCUGUUCAGCUAUGGAACAUCCAACGAACAAUCGAUUGGUUCCAACAGAAACCAGGUGAUACUGGCAGCCCUGAAGUACAAGCUGGUAUCUUGACAGUGCGCAUACACAACUUGUAUUCCCAUCUCCAACAACAUCGCAAGGAUAAGCACAACUAUAAGCAACUUCGAUCGAUGGUGCACAAGCGUGCAAAGAUCUUAAAAUAUCUCAAGAGCAAGGAUUUGGAACGAUACAACACCUGCUUAAGCCAGCUUGGUUUGCAACCUAGAGCAGUAGAAGGCGAGAUUACUCUGUAA